CUUUUAUCGGCCGGUGUUUUCAUUUAUUUACGCCCCUCCUGUCGUACACGGUGGUUUAGAUGCUUCAGAGAGAACAGGCUGUGAGUGAAGGAUCACCAUGACUUUGACCAGAGGAUCUUUUACUUAUGCCAGUGGAGAGGAGUACCACGGCGAGUGGAAAGAAGGUCGGCGACAUGGCCUAGGCCAGCUCAAGUUUCAGGAUGGAACAUGCUACACUGGCCAGUUUGAGAAUGGACUCUUUCACGGUUCGGGUGUGCUGCUUUUUACAGACGGAUCCCGGUAUGAAGGAGAAUUUGCUCACGGAAAGUUUCAAGGUUCAGGAGUCUUUAGUCGAUUCGAUGGCAUGAAGUUCGAAGGAGAAUUCAAAGAUGGCCGUGUUGAGGGAUAUGGGCUAUUGACGUUCCCUGAUGGAACUCAUGGUGCUCCACGAAAUGAGGGCUUGUUUCAAAACCACAAGCUGCAGAAAAGGGAGAAGUGUCCUGGAGUGGUGCAGCGUGCUCAGGCCUCAGCCUCCAGCGCUCACAGCCUGGUGCUAUGACUGCCUCAGACCAUAAAGGUGUUAGGACUAAACUUUCAGCACCUUCCAGAUGGGCCUUAAGGGUGAACACUCUCUUUCACAACCUCUCUUUGUCUGGUUUUUACCAUUUCUUUGUCUGCUUGUCCACACUUAAAGUGACUUAAGGGAAAUGCAUUUGAACAUUUUUGGAUGACUUUCUAUGAAAUGAAGAACUUCGUGAAGCACACCUUCAAGUAAUGUAAGCAGGGAAAGCUGCUGUCUUUCAUAUUGACAUCAGACCAUAAAAUGUGUCUGUUUCUUUCUAUAGCCAAUCAUUUUGCUGCUGAUUAGAGAAAUUACUUUUUAAAAAUACUGUUUUUAUUAGAAUAGCUUAAAAUUUAGUAAAAAAAAGGAAAACUCAUGGCUGUGUGUUAAAAAAAGAAUGUACAUAUUUAACUAUUCACAUUUGCCUUAAAGAUAUUUUCACACAAUCACAUGCUUGUUCA